AUGAAGUUCAAGAAGGUGCUGAUGAUUGAGUUUGAGAUGACUGAUCUUGAAAAUAUGGUAUAUUUUAUAGGGAUGGAGAUUUUGUACUCUAAGAAGGGUAUCAUUUUGCAUCAGGUGGAGUAUGAACUUAAACUUUUGAAGAGAUUCGAGAUGACAAAUUACAAAACUGCAAUCACACCUGCUGAAAUGAAUCACAAGUUAGAUUCUAAUGUUAAGGGUGAUUAUGUAAAUGCUACAACUUUUAAACAGUUGGUUGGCUCAUUGAGAUAUCUCUAUAACACCAGACCUAACAUUUGUUAUGCAGUUGGAAUGGUAAGUAGGUUUAUGAACAAACCAAAAUGGUUACAUUAUCAAGCUACUGUCAGGAUUCUGAGGUAUAUUAAGGAGACUAUGAGGUAUAGAGUUUUGUUCCCUUCUGGUGUUAAAUAUGAUUCAUAG